GACUUCAAGCCGUACAGUGCACAAGAUGUCGGAAGUACAAGAAUGCCUCAGUUCUUCAGAUGAGGAGCCGGCAGAUGUUUAUCGAAGCUCACAGCUCCUGUCGUCUGUUAGUAACCUAGACUUGCCAGGCAAUGAAGUCUAUCGUCUGGCCAUCAACUCUGUUGGAAGAAGUUCUGCCCACAGAGCUGAAGGAGAACUGAAUUCAGAUGCCAGCAACGAUGCUGAUGCUACUGGCGGACAACAGCUGCCUUCUCUUGUUAAUGCAGAAGAGGAUGUUGCAGAUGACUGGUUAGUGAACGACAUUCAGUGGCCGCAAGCUAAGAGAAAAAGCUCUGCCGUUACCAGUGUUUUGACAACAGACUUUUCACGAAGCACAGCUAAGAAGAGGUUCAGAAAAGAUCUGCUUACAAACAAGUCAGAUCAAGCAAGUAAAAGGCUGAAGUAUCCUGCAUCAGAUGGAGACAGACAAAGAGCAAGAGCUAGUUUUGAUGAUACCAGGUCUGAUGUAAGCAGAACUGGGGGUCGGGGAAAACAUGACAGUUUCUGUGCUGUGUCCUCUACUACAGAGAUGGUUCCUCAUGUGGAUGAGCUGAACCAACCCGGCAGUAGUCGAGAGUCUGAGUUUGAGUGGGGCUCUGAUGAUGACUUGCUGUGCCAGAUUGACACUGUUUAUGAUACUGGAAAUCAGUCCGUCACAGAGAUUCCCUCGUCGCACAAUGAUAGCAUGUCCAGCAGUCCUGUAGUUACAUCGUCUCCGAGAACAAGCAAAGAAAUACCAUUGGGCCACAUAUUACAACCUAAAGAUGGUCGUUUAGCCACUGCAGGAUAUUUUCAAAGCAAACCAUCUACUCAAUUUGAUGACAAUUAUAGAAAUGGCUUUAAGGAAGCCAUGCAGAUUCUGAAUGGUUCAGUGCAGGUUCCGAAUGGUUCUGAUAACAGAAAUGUUGCUACAGGAUGCGGUCAAGACUCCAUUACAGAAAAAUUUGAGAAGCCUACAUAUAUUAACAGCAUUCGGGUCAAGGUGAGAAUUGGGCAGCAGACACUGCUGAUACCCAUCCAGCCUGCAGAUCAGGAUAAGAACAUCUCGUGGUUGUUUCAGCAGGUUAAAGAACGAUACUUCAGCAUGUUCUUGAUGUUGCCGACACUCACUCUUAGCACCCAGGAUGGAAUCAUUCUAGAUAGUGAUGUCCUGACGGCAAAUGUCAGCGCCUGGGAGAGACCCCGGCUGGAAGAUAGAUAUACACAGGCCUGCAAGUUGUGCUUAACUAACGCCAACUCAAAUAUUGUUUCAUCCUUGCAGAAAGCCGACCAGUCAGGGCAGCUUCACCUGAGCGACUUGGGGUUAGGGUUAUCCUUCCUUCAGCCAGUCUUCCAAGCACUGGAGGACCACAAGGUCCUGACAGACCUCAGAGUCAAUGGCAACAGGCUCGGUGAUGCUGGGGUUGAAUCCUUGAUGAAGCUUUUACCGAGUUUGCCACAUCUGAAAAUCUUGUCCUUGGAAACUAAUGGAAUUUCUGCAGAUGGGGUCCAGACUAUGGCAGCCGCACUAAAGACUGAUCCCUGCUUGCAACAUCUCUCUUCUCUCAGCUUGAGUCACAACUGUCUAGAUGACAUUGCUGCAGAAGCUCUAGCUUGUGUAGUUAAAAGCCUGCCAAAUCUGAGCCAGCUCAGUUUAUGUUCAUGUAAUUUCUCACGCAAGCUCUUCGACUCUUCUUUGGGUGAAGCACUGAAAGUGAGAAGAAUAGAACAUCUGAACAUUUCUGAGAACAAUCUUGGACCAGAAGGAAUUAAAGAUCUGUUGCUUGGCCUAGAACCUGCGUAUCUGAGUCAGCUGAAUGUGUCUCACACUUGCAGUCUGUCCGGUCAGGAGAUUUUCCCAUACCUCCAGAACUUUGUCAGUGGGGGAGUUUGCUGUCUGCAGGAACUGUUUAUAGCAGGCAACCACUUGUCACCAGCAGAUGUAACCUUCAUAAACAGACUUCCAGUGCUGAUCAAGUCCCUGCGGUGCUUGGUUCUCUCACAGAAUCAGAGUGUCAACAACAAGAGCCUUCAGAAGCUGCUGUAUCUUUCCGCAGACAAAGACAGCUCCCUUAGGGAAAUCACAGCUCGUGGCUGUUCGGUCACCUCUCCCCUGGAGUCAGAACUUCUAGAUGCCUUGAGAAAUAAAAUGUCCAGUUCAGUUCCGUUGAAGAAGUUUGUGUUUACUUGUCGAGGCCUCAAAAUAGGCGAUUCUCAGCUGUUGGAAGGGAUCUGGAACAACACAUGGAAGGAUCAAGGGCAGGUGAAAGCUGACGGGAUGACAGUAUUUAUGACAGUUGUUUAA